GCUUUUGCGCAGAAUGGCUUUACUGGGGAAGCUGAAAAGCAGUGAGCUUCGCUGUGAGAGAAUGGGGAAAAGGGCUCAAAGGAACGGCCUGUGUCACACCGUCCGGAAGCUUAACGGAGACCUGUACACCGGGGAGUGGAAGGAUGACCUGAGACACGGGAGAGGAACUCAGGUGUGGAAGAAAGCCAAAGCCAUGUACGAGGGCGAGUGGGCGCAGGACGCGCGCCACGGACACGGCACGCUGUACAAACUGCAGCCCUCAGGUGAAUAUUUAAUCGUGUACACAGGAUCCUGGGUGAACGGGAAAAGGGACGGCUUUGGGAAGUGUUUCUACAGCUCGUCCGCGCAGUAUGAGGGAGAAUGGGUGCAGAACAUAAGGAGCGGAUGGGGAUGGAUGCAGCUGGAAAACGGAGACGUGUAUGAAGGAGAGUGGCUCAGGGACAAACCCCACGGACACGGAGCACUGCUGCUCAGCAACGGAAACAGGUACGAGGGCGGCAUAAAGGACGGGAAGAAGCACGGACACGGACGCUUCUUCUACAAGGACAGGUGUCAGGUGUACGAGGGUUUCUGGGUACACGAUGCGCCCAGGUGUGGGAUGGUGCGCGAGGACACCAAGAAACCACACCCACUAAGCAGCAGCACCUUCCCACAGGUGAUGCUGAAGGAUGCUCAUGCUGUGCUGCAGGAGGGACUCGACCGAUUCUACUCCAAUACAAAACACCUCUGAGCCUAACCGACACCUACUGAGAGAGAGAAAAACAAACAAAUCAACAAACAAUCACGUGACUAAUGUUGUUCCUGCCUGUUGUCAUGGUUACGGAAGCCGGAUUUUGUAUUAGGUUUGGAGAACAGGACUGGAUCUGUUUACAUUAUCAACACGUUUUACCCAAUAGAAUUAUUAUUACUGUUU